AUGCCGAAGGGAAACAACGCGAUCCCCCAUGUGCACCGGCGGAAGCACUGGAACCCGUGCUCCUCGCAGAAGGGCAACCUCAAGGUCUUCCUGAACCAGCCCGCGCAGAAGCUGCGCCGCCGCCGCCUGCGCCUGCUGAAGGCGAAGAAGAUCUUCCCGCGUCCGCUCAAGCUGCUGCGCCCACAGGUGAACUGCCCCACGGUGCGCCACAACAUGAAGAAGCGCCUUGGCCACGGCUUCACGCUGGAGGAGCUCAAGGCAGCUGACCUGAACCCCCGCUAUGCCGCCACCAUCGGCAUCCGUGUGGACCGCCGCCGCAAGAACAAGAGUGAGGAGGGCAUGCACAUCAACAUCCAGCGCCUGAAGACGUACAUGAGCAAGCUGGUGCUCUUCCCUCUGAGCCACAAGAAGGUACAGAAGGGCGAGGCCUCCGAGGAGGAGGUCAAGGCUGCCACGCAGGACCGCACGCGCUUCGGCACGGCGGCUGUUGGUGGUCUUGUGAUGCCCGCCCCCGAGGCGCCGCGCAAGGUGACGGAGGAGGAGCGCACGAAGAACGUGUACAAGUUCCUCAAGAAGAACCACAGCGCUGUCCGCUUCUUCGGUGCCCGUAAGGCGCGCGUGGAGCGCAAGGAGGCGAAGGAGAACGAGAAAAAGUAA